UAAACAUCCCUAUUUUAUAUUUGAACAAAAUUUGACAAUUUCACAGUUUGAUGAGACUACAAUAAGAGAAAAACACUAAGCAUUGCAAGCGAAACUCCAAAGGGAUACAAAUAAGGACUUCUUGUGACAUUUCCUGCUUUCUAACAAGGUUUUGAGUGAAGCCUGUCAACCACUUUCCAGAACAUAAUGGAGUACAUCAAUGAUCUGUACGAGAAAGCAACCAUUCCAGAUCCACGAACACAAGAAUGGCUGCUGAUGCCAAGCAUCUGGCCCACUGUGAUCAUUGUUAGCAUGUACUUAAUAGUGAUUAUUGGAGGCCAGAGGGUGAUGCGAAAUCGAGAGCCAUUCCAGCUUAACAAUGCCAUGAUGAUCUACAACUUCUGUUUGGUGGUUUUGAAUGCCUACAUUUUCUAUGAGUUUUUGAUGACCACAUGGUUGAGCUGGGAGUUCAGUAAAGUGUGUAACCCGGUGGACCAGGGGUCGGAGCUGGCUGACAGGCUCGCUAGAAAUUGUUGGUUCUUCUUUUUCUCCAAGAGCAUUGAACUCAUGGACACGGUGUUUUUCAUGUUACGUAAGAAGAACACACAGAUUACAUUCCUGCAUCUGUAUCAUCACUCCACGAUGCCCCUGAUCUGGUACAUCGGCGUCAAGUACGCGCCUGGUGGCGAAUCAUACUUCUCAGCUAGCAUCAACAGCGGUAUCCACGUCCUCAUGUACACCUACUACCUUCUUGCCGCCAUGGGUCCCAGUAUGCAGAAGUUCCUCUGGUGGAAACGCUACAUGACCGUCAUGCAGCUGAUGCAGUUUUGGGGUAUCCUGUUCCACACAUCGUACGCCAUCUACACUGACUGUGGUUACCCGAACAUGUACAACUGGGCCCUCAUCUUUUACGACUUUUCCCACAUUGCCCUCUUCUCCAACUUUUACUACCAGACAUACACGAAGAAGGCCCGAGCUGCUCGUGCAAAGAGAGAGGAAAGUAAUGGAAGACACGACAAACAGGAAGAAGUUAGUAACGGUGUGCAUGCUAAAAAUGGUAACACAAGACUUCGGUCGCGAAGGGAUUGAAAUGAAGGAUCUGUACAUCAGUUGUUAUAAUUUAAAGUCAUUCCGUUGUUGUCAGGGUUAUUACGGUAGGUAUUAUGCUGUUAAUGGUACAAAAUGAGGUAUGCCUUUGGCAGACUACACCAUCUGUAACUAUGAGCUGAGAUCUUGUUAGGUCAGGUGUUUAUGGAUCAGUUAGAAAUUAAGGUUCACUGUUUCUGGUGUUCAAUGUAUGAUAUCUGAUUUGUACUUGUAUUACUUUUUCUAUGACAAUCAGACAGCUAUUGCUACAGUUUUGUUCAUGUUUCAUAUGUCAUGUUUUGCGAUCUUGAUGCAAGACUUCAGUUCAUUGUACAUACCGUCUGGGUAACGAUGGAUUUCACUCACACUGAAGCUGCUCAAACUGUUGGUAUGACAUCAACAAUGUAUUAUGGUAGUUUGAAAUGUUAUCGAAAAAGUGUCAAACUUUGAUUUGCUGCCAUUGUUUUUCGAAAAAAUGUAUGUAAGCAACUCAUGCUCAUGUCUAAGAUGGGUUUACUGUCCAACGAAAGCCACUUUGUUGCAUUUUGUGUUAGAUGGAAUUGUUAAUUUUAAACUUAUAAAGUAUUAGUCAUAUUCCUAAUUUGUUUGUUUGUUAAAAGAUGUUAGUGAUAAUUAACAGUGGUGUGUUAAAAUCGUAGGAUACAAAACAGCUAGUUAAAAACUAGGUUGUAUAAAUGUGUGUUUUUAAAACACAUUUUAAAGCAUUUUGUGAAAUUUCAGUAAAAUAUACAAUGUUAAGGGAUGUUUCUUACUAAUCACUGUUGACGAAACCAUUUUGUGAAUCUCUGCUGUUUUUUAAUGAUAUUUAGAGCAACGGUUCACUAAAAUCUCUUCAUUCAUAUGUAAUGGAUUGAGAGUGUGACUUUGUAUUGUAUUGUUUGUGUGGCUGUUUUCCUUAUUUAUUUAUUUAUCUCUGCUCACAGUUAUCUCAUUUUCAUUUGGCCGAUUAUUCAGGACUUUUUUUAAGUUAACAACGUGAUUAACGACUGCAUUGUUAACUUUUAAACAGAAAUAUGAUUAUAUGCUCAUACACUUCUUGUUAUGAAUACUGCAGAUCAAAAGUGAAUCCAUUAAACUAAGAUAGCAGUAAAGAUUCGAAAGUUCACGAUGACAUUAAAAAUGUUGUUAACAUUAACAAAGUUCUGAACAAUUCGCCCAAUAUCUUACACUUAAUUUUUUUUUAAUUUAUUGUAUGUCUAAAUUUAAUCAUGACAAUAUCAGAUCUCCAUCCAUGUUUAAAUGAUAUCAUUUUUAUUACUUAUUUAUUUCUACCAUAUACUUAGGAGAGAGCCAUUGACACUCCCAUUAAUAUUAGUGAAAUGGCUUAUCUCUGGUGAUAUGCAUGUUGUGAUAAAUGCCCUUUUACUUUCUUUAAUUUCUCAAUCAUUUAGUUUUUAUGAACAUUCAAUACUUUUAUAUUUUUAUAUUUUAUUAAUAGUUUAAUCACCUUUAUACUAGCCUUUUACGUUUUGUACAUUUAUUUUAUGCUUUUAUCAUAUAAAAGAAAUUGGUAGAUUUUCAAUUUAAUCUCUGAGGUACUGAAAUAAUUAUUUUUAUCAAUGAUCAUGUGAUGUGCAUGUAAAACUUUUAUGCAACAGAUAGAUUUUGUUUAUAAGAUCUUUAGUUUGAUCUCUUUUUAUGCUCCCUAAGGGUGGCUUUUUUAUGUCCCCGAAGGGAGGCAUACAGUUAUUGGACAGUUCGUCCAUCCCCACAAUUUUCAUGCCAUAUCUGAACGCUUAAACCUCAAACUUGGUUGGAAGGUUGAUGACCCCUCUUCAUUUUGAUGUCAGUAGGUCAAAGGUGAAGGUCAUGGUUACCAAAAGCUGAAAAUCUGUUUAUGGUCAACAACAAAAGAAUGCUUAGGCCCAGGGACCUCAAACCUGGUAUGCAGGUUGGUCAUGACCAGCAGGUGAAGCCAAUUGAUUUGGAGGUCAGAGGUUCAAAGGUAAAGAUCAUGAUGACCUAAUCAGUUUCCGGUCAAUAACUGGAGAACGCUAAGGGAUAAGGACCUCAAAAUUUGUCAUGACAACCAGAUAAACCCUAUUGUUUAUUAGGUCAAAGGUGAAGGUUGUGGAGACCUGAAGCUGAAAAUCCAUUUCCAACCAAUAGCUGAAUACCCUCAAGCCCAGGGACCUCAACCUUGUUAGUCAGGUUUGUCAUGACAAGCAGAUGAACCCUAUUGAUUUGGGGUUAGUGAGUCAGUGGUCAAGGUCAAUGUGACCUUAAGCCUAUCAAUUUGUUCCUCUUCAAUAUAACUUCAAUGCAGAGAAUGAAACGUUUAUGCUAGGUAAACAAUAGUUCUUAUGUGAAGUUUCUAUAGUAACAUUACAUUAUAGUUACAACUCUAUGCUGAUUUUUUAAUUGGAUAAAAAUGCAAUAACAAUUAAAAAUAAUAUAAUUUGUAUGUUAAUACCUGUCUUUUUAUACAUAUUAUUAGAAUAACAAAAAAAGUAA